GUGAGAGGUGAGAACUGACUCGCCCAUGCCCCAUCGCGCAUGUGCGGCGCGUCAUUGUGCAUUACGUCACGACACUGUGUCACCAGCCUGCGAACACAACACAUAACGCGCUUGACCUUGAAAUCUGCAGUUCUUCAUUAAAAAUGUCUUCGUCGUGUUCAGGAUGUACUUCUGUCAAAGCCCAUCUUUGUGUAGCCGUGCCAGUUGCUGUUGCUGCAAUUGGAGGAUAUUUGUAUUACCACUAUGUUUGCAGGAAGAGGUGCAAGAAGAGUCGAAUUAACCAAGAAAUUGAUAAAGACAACCCUAAAGUGUUCCACAGCUUUGACAUUGAAGACAUUGGCACCAAGAAAGUUUAUUGUCGUUGCUGGAGAUCGAAGAAGUUUCCUUAUUGUGAUGGGGCGCACAGCAAGCAUAAUGAAGAAACCGGAGACAAUGUGGGGCCUUUGAUAAUAAAGGCAAAGGAUGCUUAAUGUUCCUGUCUACACUAAGUUACAAAACUAAAACUAUAAGAUGUUUUGAUUGUAUGGUGUCUGUCUGCAGUUCAUGGUUUAAUUAUUUUCUUAUUAAAUUUACACAAAUGUAUGCAACAUGAAAUAUAUAUCUUUGAAGAUAAGCUGACAUUUCUAUAUGAUAAUAAUUGUUCAAUAAACCCAUCUUGUAUACAGAACAUCACAUUUGAACUUAUUCUUCUACAUGUAAAUUGACGACCUGGUAACCUUGUUCAUAGAACACUUUCUGCAAAAACUCCAUGUGGUUGAUGGUAGGAUUAGGUGAAAAAAAAAUAAAAUGUGGGUGUUGCAGCA